AUGUACAUCGUUGUGGUUCAAAAUCUUCCCAAAAUUCUCCUUCCAUACAUCUGCGUUGCAAAAUAUUAUUUGACUUGUCAAUGCACAUUGGACUCGAUGGACGAUAUUCUCCAACAGGCGUCUCUAACCAAUAUUAUUUUACGAUUACCGAAAAUGGAAAAGCUUUUGAUACUUCUUAUAAUCGUCAUUGGAUUUGCUUCAGCUUCAAUGAGAAUUGAACGAAGCAUUGACUUGUCAGCAGCUCAUUCAUUGAUUUCUGAUUCAAAACUUCCGGGAGAGAUAACACCGAACAAUUACACAAUCGAUUUAAGACCAAAUAUUGAAGAAUCCACAUUUAGUGGAAAGAUUAAAAUCAUUUUAACAUGGCAAGAACCGACAAAUCAGAUAACAUUACAUGCUGCACAUGAUUUAGAAAUUGCUGAAUCGGAUAUUAAACUCUCGAAGAUCGGAAUGGAUGAAACCAUUCAUCAUGACUCAACAAAGGAAAACUAUCCAAAAGAAAUUACAAUCAGAAGGGUCGACCGAAUGAUUAAGAAACCAUGUCUUGUCAUUCAUUUGCAAAACGCUUUGAAACAAGGAACAGUCGCUGAGCUCGAAAUUGAUUUCAAUGGUCAAAUUUGGGAGACCUCUGAAGGGAUGUUUAAAGGCAGCUAUCCAGAUAAUGGUGGAGAGAAGAAAAAUUAUCUAGCGACUCAUAUGAGACCAAACUUUGCAAGAAGACUUUUUCCAUGCUUUGAUGAACCAUCAUACAAAGUGCCAUUUAUUGUGUCAAUAGCACGACCAAAGAACUACACAACACUCUUCAAUACACCAGUUAAAUCAAGUGAUGAAAUUGAGGAUAAUUAUGUUAUUGAUCACUUCGAGAAAACCCUUCCAAUGUCAACAUUCACAUUUGGAUUUGUGACUUCUCAACUUGCUCUUUUAAAUCGAACAGAUUUCUCAGAUCCACAUCUUAAAAAGCUUUGCAUUAGAGUUUAUGCUCGACCAGAACUUCACAGUGAUCUCGACAAAACGCGAGUUUAUGAAAGAAUUGAGAAAUCUUUGCUUUCAAUAAAAACAUAUCUUGGUGCUGAUUUUCCAUUAGAGAAGUUGGAUGUUGUUGCAUUGCCAAGCUUUUCGACUGUCAAACCAGCUGACAAUUGGGGUUUGAUUGUUUACAAAGAGUCGGAAAUGCUUCAAAACAGUUAUUAUUUGAUUGCACAAGAGUUGGUUUAUCAAUGGUUAGGAGCCUGGGCAACUCCCUACUGGUGGAGUGAUUCACAUAUAAACAAAGCAAUUGCUGGUUUUCUUUCGGCUCAGACAGCAAUUGAACUCGAUGGUGGUGCAGAGUUUGAAGGCAAAUGGCCAAUGACCAUUCUUUAUUCGAUUUAUUAUGAAUUUAGUAAACGUUAUCCACACUCGAGAAUCACAGGAAUGAAGCAAGAAACAAUUUGCAGUAAAACUGAAUUAGUUUUGAGAAUGUUGAACUUCACUCUCGGUGCAGAUACUUUUAGAAAAGGUUUACAAAAGUUUUUCGUGGAUCGAGAAUUUAAAACUUUCUUUGCUGAUGAUGUUUGGGAAGCUCUAACAAAACAAGCCCAUCUUGAUAAUAAAUUGUGCCCGAAUGUAACUGUUGGUGCAAUUGCCACAAGUUGGAUUCAAAAGGAUCGCAUUCCAACAGUUAGUGUGAUAAGAAACUAUGAGAAGAAAACUGCUAAAUUGAGUCAAAAAGUUUAUCUUCGUGAACGACCUCAUGAUGUUCCAGAACAAGAUAAGAUGCUUUGGUGGAUUCCAAUCAUUACAAUUACUGAAGAUAAAAUGGAUUUUGAUAAUAGAACUCCUAAACUUUGGAUGAAGAAAGUGAAGGAAGUAGAAAUAAAAGAUCUUCCAUCAGCUGAUAAAUUCAUUAUUGUCAAUCCAGAAGAAAUUGGACCUUUCCCUGUUAAUUAUGAUGAGAAGAACUGGAAUUUAUUAUCACUUUAUUUACAAACACCGAAAGGAAGAGAAACAAUUCCAGUUUACACCAGAGCGAAACUUCUUCAUGAUGCGUGGAAUCUCGCUUAUGCUGGUCAACUUAGUUUUGCAACUGCUUUUAACAUGACACUUUUCAUGAAAAGUGAACGUGAUCAUCUUGUUUGGAAUCCAGUUUUCACCAUGAUUGACCAUAUCGGACGACACAUUGACAUGUCAAAUGUUCACAAGAAGUUUGAAACUUAUGUACGUACAAUGUUGACUCCACUUUAUGAAGAACUUGGACCAGAAGGUGAUGAAAAUGAAGAGAAUUGGAGAAGAAAUUUAAGAUCACUUUCAAAGACAUUUUUAUGUCGCGCUGGAUAUAAGCCAUGUAUUGAAGAAGCUCAAGUUGAGUAUAAGAAAUGGAUGGAAAGUCCAUCACCUGAUGAAGGAAAUCCAGUUGCCAAUCAAUACAUUUGUCCAGUAUUUAAAUGGGGAACGAUGGAAGAAUGGGAAUUUGGAUUGCAUCGUGUCAUUAAUUUCCCAUCAUCUCGAAAACAAAACGAGAGAACAUAUUUACUAAAGACUCUUGCUGGUUGCCCUAAUCAUAGCGAUAAAAUUCUUCGCUUGUUGAAUAUCACAAUUUUGGAACAAAAUGCUAAUUUCACAGAGAACGAUAUUUUUUUGAUCUUUAGUAUGUUAUCUGGUGGAUCAUCUGGAUACACGACUUUGUUCAAUUUCUUGCAAGAUAAUUGGGAGGCCAUCAAGAUCAAGUUCACUAAUAAGACAAAUCUUUGGGAUAGCUUGAUUAGUACAGCAACAGGAGUUUUUACAACACAAGAAGGUUACGAUAUGGUGAAACAACUCUAUGUUCAAAGACAAGGAGAAUUUGGAAGUGCUGAGCAUAUAAUUGAGAAAUCGCUAAAGAACAUCAAAGAAGAAACGAAAUGGAGCGAUGAAAAUCUGCCAGUGAUUGAGAAAUGAUGUUGUUUCGGAUUAUUGCAUGUACGAACAGCAACAUGCUGUAUUGGUUUAUGGCACUUGAUGCUGAACCUUCUUGCCAUCACAUUGUUAGCAGUUAUUGUAAAAAACCCUGGGAUGAUGCAAAACAUUAAUGGAGCAAUGGAGAACAACUAUGAUGAUGAGUUGAUACCAACACCAAUUUCAGUUUCAAGUAAAAUUGAGCCAACUGCUGCAGUUGAAUCACCUCCAUAUCAUUAUCGUGAUCAUUCUUUGAAUUAUCAAGACAUGGACAUGGGUGGACUUGUAUGCUUGUGCAUGAUCGCCAUCACAUUAAUGCUAAUUUAUGGAACAGUUAAAGGACGUCCAAGUCACUUGUUGCCAUUUUUCUUUUUGCAACUUUGUGACUUCGCUAUUACAACGUUAACUGCAGCUGGAUAUCUGUGUUAUUUGAGAACCAUUCAUCAUCUAAUUGAACAAAGUAACCGUUUACCAUGGAAAGAAGAUCUCAUCAGAAUGGAUCCACGAACAUUGGGAGUUAUUGUAUUAUUUGCUUUCAUAUUUAUGGUGAUUUUGAAAGCUUAUUGUAUUGGAAUAGUUUGGAGAUGCUACAAAUAUCUUACAAUUCGCUUAAAUGCUUCAUUGUUGACUUACAUAAUGCCAGAAAAUGGAAGUGGUCACGAACGUUCCUUUAAUUCACUUUUACCCGAUUACGAAGAAGCUUUGUCUAUGAAAGUAACGCCUCCGCCAAGCUAUCAAGUUGCAAUGCAACAGCAACAGUUAACAGUCGCGUUAUCACCACCGACAGUUCUUGCAUCUCCAAUACAUGCAUCUUCUUUGGACUCAGACACAGAUCCUCCAAGUUAUCAAGCUGAACAAGAAGCAGAAACAUCUGUAAUCCAAACAAUUAAUGCCAAUGUCGAAGGAAAUGAUGAUAUUCAAGUCGAUUCAGCUGCAAUCUCUGCUGAUCCUGAACAAACUCAACAGGCUCAAGCUCAACAAAGCUCUCCACAGCGUGAUCAAUAAAUGUCAAGAAAAAAAAUAAGUAAAUAGCAACAGUUAAUUAGAGCAGAAUAUGAGUAAUUAGAUAUUCGUUUUUUGCUGACACUUUUAAACUUUUUCUAGAGGGAGCAUCCAUCAAUGACAGUAAAAUAUCCUAUAAUAAUAUAAAUAUUCAAUGUUUAUCGAUCAAAAAUAUCACUUAAAAUGAUCAUUAAUAUGGCAUGUUGUGUAUUUGGAUGCUUUCUUAAUAUACGAUUUAUUAAACUUAUCUCGGAUUAGUGAAGAUUAAGCAGUGAUAAAUUUUAAAGUAGUGUUUUAUUUUAAUCCUUUUUUGUUUCAAGUCAAAACCAUUAUAGAGUUUUGUUUUUAUUAUUAUUAUCCCAUCCAUCCAAACUACUAUAAUUUCUCUUCUCCAGUAAUAAGUAUAGAUUGAGAACAAAUUAGAUGAUUUAGAAAUUUCGAUGAAAAUAAUUGUAAAAAUUGAAUGGAGAACAGAAAAAAAAAUCAAAAAACAGAAUAAAAUGAUUUUAUUUAUUCUA